AUGGCCGAUCGCUUGACAGAGUUGCAGGACGCCAUAAAUUUACAAGCCCAGAAUUUGUGUAACGCUGUUGGAGUCAUUCAGCAGAUAGCUCAGCCAAGCUUUUUUAGUGAACUUAACUAUAACGGUCGUAUAGAGAAGGAGUGGACUUCCAAUCCGGAGUUCCAAGCGCUUCUUCAGAGUCAAAAUCAGGAGGAUAUUUCCCACAAAUUUGCAGUUUCUAUAGCCGCAACAGCGAAGCAGAUAGAGCUUUUAAUUAAUUCCCUUCCUGCCGAAGAAGCCUCUCUCGAAAUUCAAGACGAAGCAACUAGGCAACUUCUUUCAGAAUACCGCAGGGAGAGUGCAAAACUUGUUCACCUGAUCACCAAAAGUUUCCAGCAGCGUCUGUCUAAAGUCCGACAACUUUUGAGCCAGAUCGCUGAAACGCAGCUUCUAACAAGAACAAUCGAAAGCGAGGUGGGUUAUGCGGGUUGUUAUAUUCCAGUGUUUCUUGUGUUGCCCAUUUUGAAGAAGUGUACAACAAUUUCUAUCAUGGAAUCACCGAAGAUGACGAUGGCAACUGAGGAGGUCUACUCUACUUGGUUGUCCCACCUUUCGUUUUCCUUAAUUGCAAUCAUUGUUUCCCGUUUGGUUGGUCUCUUCUUGCCAAUUGUGCUGCCCAAGCUAGCGACUAUCAUCUUACCGUCUUGUCGUGCCCGUCAUACUGCUUUCAUGCAAACUGAGAAGGAGAUUCGUGAUCUCCGGCGUCAAAUGAGUCAGUUGAAUAUGGUCGACAACUUCGCGUCCUACUCUAAAUUAGAGAGGAAAUUAAAAGUCCUCGAACGACAACAGGCAGCAUGCGAGCGAUCUCAGCUCGGAACAACGGUCGUUUCAAGCCUGGUGGCCCAAUGUUUACGUUACGCCCUCCAGGGAAUUUUGAUUGGCUGGUUGGUCUUCCAAUCGCCCUGCGUGCGCCUUACUGAGGACCAGGUUGCGGCAAGUCGUGAGGCCCGUGCCUUCUACAACCAGAUCCCCGUUGGCUGGCUGGUUGUCGUUGUUCACUACAUCCCCAGCUGCGUCUUAUUAAUGGCGUGGGUCGCACUUUGUGAGGCCGCGGCGUCCUUCAUAGUCUCUUAUGUGCAAAGAAAAAUCGAAUGCUAA